AUGGAAGUUGUCGUUACAAGCGAAUGUUCGGGUCAGUUAUGGAAUACUUGUAUUUGGGAACCUCUCACUGGUACGACAUUGAGAACAUUUAAGGGUGGAAUUUCUGGUUCUCAGUCACUCAACAUUGUCGGGGGCGAUUAUUUGCUUUCGUCUUUGAAGGACAAACCAAUUAUACAGGUCUGGGCGUUGAACAGGCAAGAUCAGAUCACAACCAAAAUGAUCAUGCCAGGCAUUAUUCAAGUGUUGGUGAUGUCACCUUGCAAUAACUUUUGCGUGGGAGCCUUGAGUGAACAGUUGCUGAUCUGGCAGGUGUCAACUGGAAAACUGGUGGCUUCAUUGAGACGUCACUACCAAAAUGUUUCUGAUGUGAAAUUCACUGCAGAUUCUUCACGGUUUAUAAGUGCAGGAGCUGAAGGUCUCGUUCUGCUCUGGAGUUUGGAUACGGUUUUGCACACCAAGGAGUGUGAACCAGACUCAAUCUGGUCUGACCAUUCCCUGCCAGUGACUGGCCUGCAUGUGACAAAAUCUCUGAUCCAGCCCUUGGUAUUUUCAGUAUCGCUUGACCAAACCUGCAAAAUCCGUGAUCUCAAUACUGGCAAAACAUUGUUCAACAUCCAGUUCAAUGAGCCUUUGCGUUCGGUUGUGGUCGACCACUCUGAAGAAAGUUGCUACGUCGGUUCACACGAGGGAAAGAUUUACCGACUAGAUUUGUUGGAUCCUCCCCGCAGUGUCGAACAAAUGGUGGACGAAUCGGCGUCAAGGAAAAUGUUUGUCGGCCAUGAGAAAGCUGUCACAUGCCUGAGCGUAUCAACUGGCGGCUGCCAUUUACUAAGCGGUUCGGAUGACGGUAGCGCUCGGGUAUGGGACAUAGCCAGCGGCCAGUGCGUCCGUAUUCUUGCUCACCGUGGGCCCCUGACGAACGCGUUUUUCGCUCCCAGAUACAAACACUUGGAGACGGACAAAUUCCAUCCGCGGAUUAUCAUCAACACAUUUGAGAAGAAACGCCACGACGGACAGCUGUUGAGCGCCGAAAAUGAACUAAACGCCCAGGUGUUGAUUUCUUGUCCGCCUUUGAUGGAAUCACUCGACUCGAGUCAGGGAGCCGAGGCUCUGUCCUUGUCGGGCAGCAACGCCAGUGGAGGCCAUCAAGUGUCUGAUCAAGUCACGCAAAACGAGAUGGGGCGUUUGAAACUCAUCAAUCGCCAACUGUACGCCUUUGCAGUCGACAAGAUUUACAAUGAAGAUGCGGCGAUCACGACCAAGAAACGAAAAUAA